CCCCAAUCCACCACAACACACCUCCCCAAAAAUGGUGAAACCAAAAACCUCAAAGGGCGCCAAAGGCGCCAAAUCCUCCGCGCCGAGCGACACAAUCACCGACCCCCGCUUCGCCGCCUUCGCGACAGACCCCCGCUUCCGCCUCCCCUCCAAGAAGCACACCCGUACGAAGAUCGAUAAGCGCUUCUCGCGCAUGCUCGAGGAUGACGACUUCUCCAACACAGCGACGGUGGAUCGGUAUGGGCGCAAGAUAAGCAGCAGUGGGAAGAAGAAGGCGUUGCAGAGAUUGUAUCAGCCUGAGGAAGAGGAGGAGGAGGAGGAGAGCGGCCCGGAAGACGAGGCUGAGGUCGAGGAUGAUGCGGUCGUAGAGAAGGAGUUGCGUCGCGCGGAGGCGGGGUAUGAUCCUGCGCGCGGCGGAGGCUUUUCUUCGUCGGAAGAGGAGGAGGAGUCGGAGAUUGAGGAGGACGAGGAGACUGCUGUUGAUGAGACAGGGGCGUUCCCCGAUCUGCAGGCAGAGCAGACGGCGGUGCCCAUGGGAGAGGUAUCGAAACGAAUCGCGGUGGUGAAUCUGGACUGGGACAACAUUCGCGCGGUGGACUUAUACUCCGUCUUCUCGAGCUUCGUAUCUGGAGCCGGGCGCAUCGAGCAUCUGGCUGUGUAUAAGAGCGAGUACGGGAAGGAGCGCAUGGAGAGGGAGGAGAUGGAAGGCCCGCCGAGAGAGAUUUUCGCGAAGCAGAAGGCUGAGGAGGAGGAGGAGAGGGAUUCGGAGGAGGAUACUGAGGAUGAGGAGGAGAGGAUUAAGCAGGACCUCCUCAAGCCCGAUGAUGGAGAGGAGUUCGACUCUGGCGCUCUGAGGCAGUACCAGCUCGAGCGACUACGCUAUUUCUACGCCAUCAUCACAUUCUCGGAUCCGCAGGUCGCGCACCGCGUGUACGAAGCCACAGACGGAACGGAAUAUCUCACAUCUGCGAACUUUUUCGACCUCCGCUUCGUGCCCGACGACACCGAGUUCGACGACGUGCCGCGCGACGAGUGCUCCGCCGUGCCGGAGGGAUACAGACCCACUGAUUUCGUGACCGACGCGUUGCAGCACUCGAAGGUGAAGCUGACGUGGGACGCGGACGAUGUGAGUCGCAAGGACACGCUGAACAAGGCGUUCAGCGGCUCGAGGGCCGAGAUUGGAGAGAAUGACCUCCGUGCGUAUUUGGGGAGUGAUAGCUCAGAGAGCGAGGGCGAGGACGAAGAGGAGGUUGUGGCAGAUGAUGUGCCGAGGUUGACAAAGAAGGAGGCGGCGAGGCAGAAGAUGCGUGCUGCGCUGGGGUUGUCGGCGGAGCCGACGAAGUCGAAGAAGGUCGAGGGGCCGGUGGGGGAUAUGCAGAUUACCUUCACUGCUGGUCUGUCGACGACGGAUAAGGAUGAUGGGGGCGUGUUCUUGAAUAAACCGAUUAUCGAGGAAACGACCGCGGAGGCGUAUAUCCGUAAGGAGAAGGAGCGUAAGGCGCGCAGGAAGGAGAAGGCUAAGGCUACGCGCGAGGGCCGCGAUGUCGAUGCCGAGGCCGAAGUGGUAGAGGAGGACGUCGCUGAGCCGGAGGCGGAUCUAGGAUUCGACGACCCCUUCUUCGCGACAGACGAGAAGGUGAAAUCGAAGGCGGCGUCUGACCUCCGCAAGGCGGCGCGGGCGAAGAAACACGCCGAGAAGAAGGCUCUCCAAGACGCUGCAGACGAGCAGAAGAAGGAGCUUGAGCUUAUCAUGACCGAGGGUGUUGACGAGGGCGGAUCGAGGGAGCACUUCGACAUCAAUGAGAUUGCGCGCGCUGAGAAGGCCGCGAAGCGCGGUGGCAAGCGCGGACGCAAGGGUAAGAGCGGGGAGGUCGAGGACCGCAAGGGAGCGCUGCAGAAGGGGUUCGAGAUGGAUGUUGCGGAUCCACGUUUCGGCGCACUGUUUGAGAGCCAUGAGUUUGCGAUUGAUACGAGUAAUCCGAAGUAUAAGGCGACGGAGGGGAUGAAGAAGUUGUUGGAGGAGGGGAGGAGGAAGAGGAAGGGUGAUGAGGGGGAGGAGGGAGAGGAGAGGGUCGUGGGGAAGAAGAGGAGGAGGGAGAAGGGGGGUGGGGAGGAACUGGGGAAGUUGGUGGAGAGUGUUAAGAAGAAGUUGGCAAGGUAG